AUGGGUGGGUCUCUGCGCCCCCUGCCUACUCAACUUCCCCCUCCAAUUCCCAGCCUCCCUUUGAUGUCCAGCAAGUGAGGACGCGCCUCGUGGGUCGCAGCGGGGAGGGAAGGGGAGAUGGGAGGUGAGCACAGGGGAGGGGUCCGGGCUAAACGGGGGGCGGGGCCCGCGGGUCGAUGCCCCACCCCCCGUCACAGCCUGACCGCCGGGGGAAAAGCCUCUGGGCGGAGGAGGUGCUUUCAAAACAAAGAAAUGCGGCGUGGAACCCGGGGAACUGGGGUGGUGAGGAAGGCGGAGGAGGUGCGGCUGAGGCCGUCCGGCCGCCCGCUUCCCCUCCAGUCAGCCCGGAGGAGCUCCCCCCACCCCCAGCCCGAGCUGCGGUGCCGGAGAAGAGGGAGGAGGCUGCGUUAGGCGGCUGUUUUCCAGUUCACUUUUGCAGACCAAGGCGGAGAAGAAGAGCACCAGCUCCGCUGCCCCUCUUGGCUGCGGCGCAUUCAGCCCCGAGCCCCGCGUGCGCUCUGUCUCGGAUACCAAGCCGGCCAAAGUGUCCGGAAACGCGCAGAGCGCUCGGAACCUGUCCCGCAGCUGUGCGACGCGCGUCUCGAGCUGGCCGCUGCCGCCCCGCCCUCGCGCUCCUUCAGCCCCGCGGGCUGAGAAGCCGGCCCGCCCGCCGGCGCGGAGCUGGGGAACUUGAACUGGCCCCAGCGGCCGCUCUGCAGGGAUCCCGCUCCAGGCCCGGGGGUGCUCCGCCUCGGGGUAGAGGGCACACCCGGGAAGUGGAUUUAGCAAACACACCUUUGAACAGAUCCAGGAGACCAGAAAAACUUACCACCCACAGCUACUCUUCAUAAUCAAAGUCAUUGGAUGAAGACAGGCAGGGUAAGAAGAGAGAAAAUGAGCUGCAGGUGCUGGAGAAGGGACUGAGGUUCACCUUAGGAAGAACAUUGUGUCAAUAACAUCGAAGCUCUGGAGAAUCUCAUGGAAGGAGCUUCAGGGUUUUGGUCAACAUUCACUCUACCAACAUUUACUGAGGACCUUCUGGGCCUUUCUUGGUUUGUGUCUAAUUCAGUCACAGAGCUAAAUUGGGAAGAUUUCACUCAAAUGCUUCUCUGGAGGGUUUCCCUAACGUGAAGUAUUGCUAUCUCUUUUUUUCCCAAUUUUUCUUCUCAUUCUCUGCCACCUAUGAAGGUUCACAGGGCCCAGUCCUGGACCCUGCAAAAAAAAAAAAAAAAAGCUUUAAAAAUCAAGAAUGAUUCUAAAAGGAAAUCUGACCCAUCGCACCAGUCAAGAUUUCAGCCUCUUGAUCAAACAGCCACUCAUAAGGCAAUGGCGUGCUGAGAAAAGCAGGCAGUAAUGGUAGCCAGUUCAGAGGUGUGAGGACGUGCUGGGAACUGGUUUAUAUUACCUACCUCCUUUUACUCAACAGAAACUUUCUUCUCUACAGAAAAUGGCAAUACCACUACCAUUCUAGGAUUCCUUGUAUUAGGCCUCACCCAACAACUGCUUGGCUGUCUAUCCAGAAUAGUUAAAACAGCCAGUGCCCCAGGGAAUGUCAUAACAUUUCACUGUAUUCAGUGACGCCCUAUUUCGUGAAUUGCAGAGAACCUAGUCUUCUGCACACCUGGCUAUGAAUCACUGACUCAGUGACCUCCAUUUGGGAUCUGAUUUCCUGAGGUAGUUAAUUUAGCCUUCAUGAGAUGGAGGGACUGAACCUUUCUUAGGGAUGCAUGCUUAAUUUCACAUAACUGUGAAGUUACUUCAGUUGUUUACAUGGCAAUCUUGUGUGAUCUAAGCAACUCUAUUGCUGUCAUUUUAAGACCGUUUGAAACAUCUUAAUAGUCCCAUUUUUUUUCUUUUCCUCUUGCUCAUUUCCAAAUGGAAGGAAUUCUUAUGAGGUAAUAGGGUGGUGGGGAGAAACCCAGUUUGCUUUAGCUCCUACUAAUUAUUCCAUGUUAUGCUUGAGUGGGUUAUUUGCAUCCAAUCUCUAUUUGGUAACAUCAGUGGGCUAUGUUUGCAUAACUAGAUCGAAUUAUAAAAGGAUUUCCAUUUUGAAUGGUUAACUCUCACAAAAAGAAAGAAAGAAAAAGAAAGAAAAAAAAGAAAGAAGGAAAAAGAAAGGGAAAAAGAAAGAAAGAAAGAGAGAGAGAGAGAAAGAAAGAAAGAG